CAAACAUUUGGUCUAAUUUGUCCUAAAAUCCGGAGCAAUAAUGGCAACGUUCCUUUUUGGAAUAUUACUAAUUUCAUUUUUAGGCUACACAAGAUGUGAAAACUGUGUGUCUGAAAGUAGGUUUAAUGAACUGGAGGAAAUUAUCCGUGUGAAGUUUCAGGAAUUACAAAAUGAAAAUUAUGAACUGAAAGAAAAAUUGCUGGCUCUUGAAACGAAACUAGAAUAUUAUGAACGUCAUAGGAAAGAAACUCCUGUUGAUAAAGAUAUUGGAGAUGAAACUGACACUCCUGAAGAUGAGGGUGUUACUAACAUCCGCAACAGAAUCAACGGAGGCAUUGAGUCUAAAACCAUUCCCGGUAAACUAAAACGACAAGUGUCAACAAACGUCGCAUUUUACGCCUACCUGAGCGGGAAGCGCUGCUAUGGAAACCAUGAAACCUUCAUUUAUGACGUUGUGGAAACUAACGUUGGUAAUGGUUAUAAUUCUCGGGACGGGAUAUUUGACGUUCCUGUGACAGGUGUGUACGUCUUUACUGUAACCCUGGUGCAAUAUCCCAACGAGAACAUUCAAGCAGAGGUCAUCGUUGAUGGUGUAGUGAAGGGUUUCAUUUUUGUAGAUUAUCAACAAAAUCACGAAAUCGAUCAAGCAAGCACCUCCAUUGUCGUUCAUGUCAACGCCGGGAAUCAUGUCUUCAUCCGACGCGGGACAAACAGCGCGUGUUACGUCGCCAGUGAAACGAACUAUGCAAGAACUACUUUCGGGGGAUGGCUUUUGUUCUAAGUCUCCUAUAAAGGUGGUUCUGUAUGUUUAUAUAAAAACGUUACUAUAGUAUAAGAUUUGACUAAACGAUUUUGUUUCGAACAAUUAACCAAUAAAAAGAUA